GGCUGCGAGGGUAUCCCGUCACGUGAUCAGCUGACCGAUGACGUCAUUGGCUGGGUUAUAAGCCCUCAGUUCACAAAGCUCGUGACUGUCUCGCAGCUAUGAAGUGGGUAUUUCUUGUAAUUUUUGGACUGGUGGCAGUUGCGCAAUGUAGACCAUCGAAGAUUGAAUUCCCUGAACAUGAGGGGGAAGAUCACAAGGGACAUCAUGGUCAUCAUGGAGCACAGCAUGGGGAGCACCACGGACCUUCCGGUCUGAUAGGAAAGCCAGGGGGUCAUGGAGAUCAUGGAGGUCCCGGAGGAAAACCACAUGGUGAAGGGCUUGGAGGACCUGGACACGGAGGUGGUGGCGAAGGAGGUCAAUUUGGAGGUGGAACUCAAGGAGGGAUUGGUGGAAAACCAGGAGGUGGAGGAGGUCAAUACGGAGGAGGUUCUCAAGGAGGAUUUGGUGGAAAUCAAGGAAGCGAAGGAGGUCAAUACGGGGGAGGUUCUCAAGGAGGGAUUGGUGGAAAACCAGGAGGUGGAGGAGGUCAAUACGGGGGAGGUUCUCAAGGAGGAUUUGGUGGAAAUCAAGGAAGCGAAGGAGGUCAAUACGGGGGAGAUUCUCAAGGAGGGAUUGUUGGAAAACCAGGAGGUGGAGGAGGUCAAUACGGGGGAGGUUCUCAAGGAGGAUUUGGUGGAAAUCAAGGAAGCGAAGGAGGUCAAUACGGGGGAGGUUCUCAAGGAGGGAUUGGAGGAAAACCAGGAGGUGGAGGAGGUCAAUACGGGGGAGGUUCUCAAGGAGGAUUUGGUGGAAAACCAGGGAGUGGUCAGAGUCAAGGUGGGUUUGGAAGCUCGGGGCAGAAUGGUGAAGGCAGUUUUGGAAGUGAAGGAAGCUAUGGUGGAGGUGGAUUAGGAAAACCGGGAAGCCAAGGAGGUCAAUACGGAGGUGGGAGUCAAGGAGGGUUUGGCGGAAAACCAGCUAGUGGUGGAAGUGGAUUUGGAGGCAAACCUGGAUCUUACGGAGAUGAAGAGAGUUUUGGAGAGAUCCCAGGAGCAGCCGCGAAAGAAGGUGGAUAUGGAGGGAAACCAGGAUCAGGUGGAAGUAGUGGAGGAUUCGGUGGGAAACCAGGUUCUUUUGGAGGAGAACAAGGAUUCGGAGGAAAGCCUGGGUCCAGUGGGAGUCAAGGAGGUUUUGGCGGAAGGCCAGGUUCAGGUGGAAGUGGAGGUGGAUUUGGCGGUAAACCAGGCUCAUUCGGAGGAGAACAAGGAUUCGGAGGAGAGCAAGGUUUUGGGGGAGAACAAGGAUUUGGAGGAAAGCCUGGGUCCAGUGGGAGUCAAGGAGGUUUCGGUGGAAAACCAGGGUCAGGUGGAAGUGGUGGAAGUUUCGGAGGCAAGCCAGGGGGUGGUCACGGAAGUUCAGGUUUAGUUGGAGAACAUGGAGAAGGAGGUUUUGGGAAACCAGGGUCUGCUGGAGGUGCUGGGCAUUUUGGAGGCUCUAGUGGUUCACAUGAAGGAUCCCUUGGGGAACAUGGUGAAGGAGGAUUUGGUGGGAAACCAGGAAAACCUGGAAGUUCAGGACACUACGGAGGAUCAGAAGGAUCGCACAACGCUGGGGCGGAACAUGGUGAAGGAGGUCACGGAAGUGCAGGAGGAUUUGGCGGGAAACCAGGUAAACCUGGAAGUUCAGGACACUACGGAGGUGGUCCAGGAUCACACCACGAGGCAGGACUCCAUGGACCUCCGCACCAUCAUGGACCUCCUCCUCCUCACCAUCAUCAUGGACCUCCUCCCCCCCACCAUCACCACGGGCACCCGCCACACCACUGAUACAUCACAUCAGCUGACUGAACAUUACAGACUGAAACUAUUUAGCUUAGUAAAUUUGCAUACGUUUCUAACAAGUUGGGAUAAAAGUUUAAGCUUCGGUCAAUUUUACAGUAAUUUUUCUUUUACUCGUUUUACGUAAAUGUUGUGUAACUUAAGAAUUGUAUCUCGUUUUCUCUUUGGUACUGCCAAAAAAGGUCAGAAUUUCAUUCAAUUUUUCUUUAGCUGACCGAUGAAUGUACGUUUAUGGAUUAAAAAUUCCACAGUAUAACUGUAAUUGUGAAUCUGAAGAUUAAAAGACAUUUAUUUUUUAA